CCCGAGCCGUCGGCUCCUAGAGCCACCCGCAGCAGGGCAGAGCCGGCUGUCAGAUGCGGGGAAGCCGCCGGCAUGAGCAAAAUCUAGCAUCUCCAUGCACUUCGGGAGUAUAAUUCCCCCAACGAAGACCGCUUUUCCUCUACCUAUAUAUAUUUUAUAAUUUUGUCUCCAAGUAUUCUUUAAAGAGGGAAUAUGGAAAUGUCCAUAAAAAGAAGAUACCUGUUAUUCGCUCAACUGUUCUUCAUUUGUCGAAUAGCUGAUGUCGUUCAUGGGUAUUUCCGAACACAGCGGAAGUUCACAGAGGACAUCGAUUGGUCGUACGCAGGGACUUUAAACCAAAAGAACUGGGCUAAGAAGUACCCAUCCUGUAGCAACGCCAAGCAGUCGCCAGUCGACAUUGAGGAGGACUUCAUCCAGGUCAAAGUGCAGUUUCAGCAGCUGAGGCUGGAGGGCUGGCAGCAGGCGACCCCAGACAGCACCACCAUCCACAACGAUGGCAAGACUGUGGCCAUCAGCCUGAAUGCUGAGUACUAUAUCAGUGGGGGAGGACUGAGGUCCAGAUCCAGGGUGGGCCGGAUCGCCUUCCACUGGGGCAGGUGCAACGCCUCCUCUGACGGCUCUGAGCACAGCCUCAAUGGUGUCAAGUUCCCCCUGGAGAUGCAGAUCUACUGCUACGAAGCGCACAAGUUCAAGUCCUUAGAUGAUGCCCUGAAUGAUGGCGGAAAGAUCACUGCCCUGUCUGUCCUGUUUGAGACCAGCCCGACGGAUAACGAGAACUAUGAGGCGGUGAUUGAAGGGGUGAGCUCUGUGAGCCGAUACGGUAAAAGUAGCACCCUGAGGCCGUUUCCCAUGCUGGGAUUGCUGCCAAACCAGACCGAGAAAUACUUCACCUACAAUGGCUCCCUGACCACGCCCCCCUGCUCUGAGACUGUGGAGUGGAUCGUGUUCAGAGACACCGUGACCAUCUCUGAAAGCCAGCUGGAGGUGUUCUGCGAGGUGAUGACCAUGCAGCAGGCUGGUUACGUCAUGCUGAUGGACUAUCUGCAGAACAACUUCCGCGAGCAGCAGGUCCAGUUCAUGGGCCAGGUUUAUGGCUCCUACACCGGCACAGAAGAGGUGGAAACAGCGACUUGCAGCUCAGAGCCCCAGAACGUGCAGGCCGACCCGUACAACUACACGAGCAUGCUGGUGACGUGGGAGCGCCCCCGCGCCGUGUACGACGUCAACAUCGAGAGGUACUCCGUCACCUACCAGAGCCUGGAGGGAGGGGACCCGCCCAAACUGGAGUACCUCACCGAUGGGGACCAGGAUGUGGGGGCCAUAAUCCAGGAUCUGCUGGCCGACACCAGCUACGUGGUACAGGUGGUCGCCGUGUGCAUCAACGGGCUGCGUGGCCGCGUCAGUGACCAGAUGAUCGUGGACAUGCCCUUGGAUGACCCCGAGUCAGAUCCAGUUCCCUUCUCAGACUCGACCGAAUCAGAAGAUGACAGCAAGCCAAACCCAUCCAGUGCGCCAGAAGAAAGCUCAGGGAGCCCGUUUCACUGGACCUCUCUGAGCUCGGUUCCAGCCACCACGCCCUGGGACCAGCAAGGUAUCCGGCGUCCGAGCUUCAGAACCACGAGCCCUUCGAGCCCAAAGAGGACCACGGAGGAGAGCUCUCAGCCAUGGUCCGUUCAGCAGAACGUAGCGAGGGAGUUUACGGGGCAGCCUACUACCCAGACGAGCACGUGGAGUUCCGGGAUUCCAGGGAGGGACCAGCCACCUACCAGCAGGGGCGAAGAUGACCCCAGCAUUCACAGGACGGAAGCUUUGACGACGCCAGUGCCACCCCUUAGUCACGAGGGCAUCAUUCUGGGCGCCCCUCCCACGGAGCACUCAGAGGGCUCUGCGGGAGGCGUGGCAAGCCCCACCCCCACAGCCACUAUCGAGGACUCCAGGGUAUCUGAGGCCAGCCCUGCCCCUGAAUCCCCAUUCAUUAUAGCCUCUGUCCCCUCCCUCACCGAGACACCUCUGUGGCCCAAAGGCCAAGACACCCAGUACGUCUCCACUCCAGCCUUUGGUGACCUUUUCUCGCAGACCACGCAGCCAGGGUCCACUGGUGAGGCUACUCUCGCGCCACUCCCUGUGUCUAACACCCUGUCUUACCUCGAGUCAGUCACCUGCUUGCAUGCUGUUACUUUGUCAAGGGGGAUGUUGUUUGAGACCCCCUCCAGUCUGCCCUCUGUUGAUGAGAGCCUGUCUGCUGUUCUGCAUGCUUCAGCUGUGUUGCUGUCUGCUGAUGGUGGUGGUCCCUCCCUCGAGUCUCAAUCCUCUCUCCCAUGGCCCUCUGGUGGUACGUCCACCUGGGACACAGCUGACGUUGCCAGCGGUGCUGAUGAUGAUGUCGUACUGUCUGAUUUAGUGCCUGUGGUCAUGGGUGAUCUAUCACUUAUGCCUAGUCAUACUCUUCACCUUCAAACUUUACCUGAUUCAUCUGCCACUGUGCAACUCGCGUUGCCUGAUUCUAACUGGGAUAGCCCUCGCCCAUCUGAAUAUCUCAGCGCUGUCGCAGCUCCACAGACUGGUACUCUUUCUCGUUAUGAUGAAUUACUCCAGCCAUCGGCUUCAGUGUUUAGUGAGGGUGUUGGGCCUGCUGAUCUUGCUGAUUCUCUUAGCGUGCGCCGUAGUGGGACUAGCUGCAUUAUGGACGCUUCAGUGGUAGAUGGGGAUCCUGGAUAUUCUUUAAUAAGCCAUUACAGGGGCUGCAGCUUCUCCCUGCUUCCCUCUACCGUUUCCGUGCCUCCCACUCAUCACUCAUUCAGUGUCGAUAUUCCGGACGCUUCGAGAUCCUCCGUCUCCAUCUUCCCGGGCUCUUCAAUGUUGGGUGCGCCCUCUGGUGGCGGCGACACUGAUAGCAUCUUGUCUACAGAAAUUGUUCCAUCCCUGCACGCCAGUGAUAAAGUAGAUCCAUCUCUUGUUCCCCUAGGUCACUCCUCAGUUGACCCCUACACUUAUAUGCACGUUGUUACAGCCACUACAGCUAGUGCUCAGAGCAACAGAUUAGGUCUUCCCGCUCUUUCCCCCACGGUCUCCUUUGUUGCCAGCAAUGUCCGCCCUUCUGUGCUUCCGUCCAGCCGUCUGCUCUCUCAGGAGGGACAGUUAGAUGGAAGUGCUUCGGGGAGUGCAGCUCAUGAGUGGGAAAUGGGCCAGAGUGCCCACCCAAGUCUCCUUGUGCUUAUCACCUCUUCCAUGGCCAGUGUGGUAAUUCCGUACAGUGACGGUGCCACUGGGCACAGGAAUGGGAGCAGUACCCUCAUGGAUGACAGUAUGGGUCCCAGUUCCAGCACCUGGCCACAGGCCGAAGAGAGCGGCUCUGGUCAGAGCGUUCCCGGGAGCUCCCCCGACAAUGAAACGUCAUCAGACUCCAGUAUUCCUGCAAGGGAAGUGGAGGACACGCCAGAUCCAGAAGCCAUCAACAGCAGCCGUGAGUCCCAGGUGAGCCUGUUGGGACGGGGGGAGAAGGACAAGCGGACCGUAGUUCCCUUGGCUGUGGUGUCCUCGCUCACCGUCCUCUGUUUGAUGGUGCUGCUGACAAUCCUCAUCUACUGGAGGAAGUGCUUCCAGACGGCUCAUUUUUAUAUUGAGGACAAUAUGUCCCCCCGGGUUAUCUCUACUCCACCAACGCCCCUGUUGACGGCUGCAGAUGAUCAUGAACCUCUGUCUUUGAAGCAGUUUGUCAAACAUGUGGCAGAUCUCUACAGCACAAUCGGUUUCUCCCAAGAGUUUGAGAUAUUCAAAGAGUCUUACCAGGAGAUCCAGUCAUGCACAGUUGAUCUGGGAAUCACAUCGGACCACUCCACUCAUCCAGACAACAAGAACAAGAACCGAUACAUCAACAUCUUAGCCUAUGACCACAGUCGAGUCAGACUCUCAGUCAGCACUGACAAAGAUGGCAAAGGCGGAGACUACAUUAAUGCUAACUAUGUCGACGGCUUCGACACUCCCAGGGCCUACAUCGCCGCCCAGGGUCCACUCAAAUCCAGCACGGAGGAUUUCUGGAGGAUGGUCUGGGAGCAGAACGUAGGUGUGAUUGUCAUGAUCACCAACUUGGUGGAGAAGGGAAGGAGGAAGUGUGACCAGUACUGGCCACUGGAGAGCCAGGAAGAAUACGGCUAUUUUCUUGUGACUUUGAAGAGCACCAGAGUCCUGGCCUACUACACCCUCAGGACCUUCACUCUGAGGAACCUCAACGUCAAGAAGGGUUCACUAAAGGGGCGGGGUCAUGAGCGGACUGUGGUGCAGUACCACUACACCCAGUGGCCAGACAUGGGCGUUCCAGAAUACACACUCCCCGUGCUCAGCUUUGUGCGGAAGUCAUCUCAGGCCCGAACUGCUGAUAUGGGCCCCGUGGUGGUUCAUUGCAGCGCCGGUGUGGGCAGAACAGGCACAUACAUUGUCCUGGACAGCAUGUUACAGCAGAUCAAGGAGCGGGGAACCGUCAAUGUCCUGGGAUUCCUCAAGCACAUACGGACACAGAGGAACUACCUGGUGCAGACUGAGGAGCAGUACGUGUUCAUCCAUGCCGCUCUGGUGGAGGCCAUUCUCAGCAAGGAGACGGAGGUGUUCUCCACCCACAUCCACAGCUACGUCAGCGACCUUCUGAGCCCAAGGCCAUCCAGCAAGUCUCAGCUGGACAAGCAAUUCAAGUUGGUAACGCAGUUCGAUGCUAAAGGAUGCGACUACUCAGUAGCUCUGAAGGAGGGCAAUAGAGAGAAGAACAGAAUCGUAUCUCUCAUACCUGUGGAGAGGUCCAGAGUGUGUCUGUCUCCAGUGACCGGAGAGACUUCUGACUACAUCAACGCCUCUUACAUUAUGGGCUACAACCAGAGCGAUGAGUUCAUCCUUACCCAGAACCCACUGCCCAGCACCACCAGUGAUUUCUGGAGAAUGGUGUGGGAUCACAAUGCCCAGAUCAUUGUUUCACUGCCAGACACUCAGGGCAUGGCUGAAGAAGAGGCAUUUUAUUGGCCCAGCAAAGAGCAACCAAUCAGCUGUGAGAUGUUCACAGUCACCUUCACAGGAGAGGAUCAUUUGUGCCUAUCUAAUGAGGAGAUGCUGGUGGUGCAGGACUUCAUCCUUGAAGCUACACAGGAUGACUAUGCGCUGGAGGUGCGGCAGUACCGUGCACCAAAGUGGCCCAACCCGGACAGUCCCAUCAGUAACACCUUUGAGUUGGUCAACAUCAUCAAAGAGGAGAGUGGGUCUCGAGAUGGCCCCAUGGUAGUCCAUGACCAGCAUGGCGGUGUCACUGCAGCGACCUUCUGUGCCUUGAUGACUCUGUCAAAGCAGCUGGAGAUGGAGAACACCAUCAAUGUUUAUCAGGUGGCUAAGAUGACCAGCCUCAUGAGACCAGGAGUCUUCACGGAUGUAGAUCAGUACCAAUUCCUCUACAACGCAAUCCUGAGUCUCGUUAGCACGAAAGAAGAUGAGCGAGCGCUUCAGAGUACAGAGAACAACGGGACUGCUCUCAGCUCCAGCAAUGCUGCCGAGAGUUUGGAGUCCCUUGUGUAACCAUGGCAACGGACCCUCAAACCUCUGCUCUCUGAAACCGUUUCCUUCUUUUUUUAAGAAAUGCUGUGAAUCCCCCUUUUUUGACUCCACGUUGCUGUUGGAAAUGACAUGAUCUUGUAAUGUGUGCCUUUAUAUCGUUCCCGUUGAACUCCUAACAGAUUUUAUACUAAUUUUUUUUCCCCAAUUCACUGCUAGUUUCUCUAAUUUUCCUGUUUUAGCCCUUAAAGGGGGGGGGUCCAUCUUUUUAAUAUCUUUUUAUUUUCUUUUUGUAGAUUUGAAAAUUUGGGCAUUGCUCAACUUCACACAAAGAUAUUGUAAAUACAUUGUUAGAUAUCCCAAUGUUGAAUAGGACCAUUGAGUAAUGUUCUAAUAUGUAAAUACAGAUAGUAUUAUAGUGAAGAACAAUGGACCAAAACUCUAUUUAUAGCUAUAGACUUUUAUAUUUUACUACUGCAUCAUUUUUUAGUCAUUCUGAAAGGUAUGGCUGAAUUCUAAUAAUUAAAUGAGAGGUUUUAAACAAUUGAUAUUAAACGUAUGUAGAUAAUUGAAAUUAAUGAAGCAUGAAUUACCGACUUUUGUUUUAGUUGCACACAGAUAUAAUUUAACAAUGUGUUUACCUUAACCGGACUUUUAAUCGAACAAGAUCCUUGAAUUUUCCUUUGGUUAGUUGUCUCGCGUCAUUGUUAAAAUUCAAUAAAGACCACGCUGUUUCAGA